UAUGUAAACAGAGAGAGAAGAGUUUGUAGACGAACUUACAUAAUUGAAAAUGGAGAGAUCUAAAAGAAGACAAAGGAAAGAAUGGGAAUUGAAAAUGAUGGGAAAAUGUAUCACUUGGUUAAUUUAUGCAUAUGCAGCAGGAAUAAUAAUAACAGGAUUACGCUACAUAAUAGUAAUUAAAGCUAUCGAAUUAUUAGUUAGAUAAAAAUUUUAAAUAUGAAGGAAUUGUUGAGGAUAGUUGUUAGGACUUUAAAACACUCAAAUCAGUGAAUGACUAAAUAUUCCCUCUAUUAGAUGAAUUGACUGUAAAAUUUAGAAUUGAAAUUAUAGUACAAAAAAUAUUUUAAGAUAUUCAGAGUAAAUCUUGAAAAUGAAUGUCCAUUUUCUAUUGGUGAAUACAUUUGUACAAGUAAAAAAUGUGUAAUAUGCACUUGUAAUACAUCUGAAGUAUAAAAAAAAAGAUUAAUAUAUUCUAGAUUCCUUCAAAUUGGCUAUCCCCAACAUCAUCAUUUAUUAAUUAACCAAAGGAUAAUUUUGCAUUCUGGGAUACAGAGAGAUAUCUAUGUAUUUUAAUUAAUGAUUAAUAGCACCUUCUGAAUGGAUAUGGCAUGUUGAGGAUGUUGAAAAUGAUAAAGGAGUUUAUGUAGACUUAAAAUUAAAUCCUGAGGCUUUCACAGGAUAUCAAGGACAACAUAUUUGGGAUGCUAUAUACAAAGAGAAUUGUUAUUAAGGUUCAUUGAAUGAAAUGUGUAAAGAGAAAAGAGCAUUAAAUAAAUUAGUAUAAGGUUUACAUACAUCAAUCUCUACUUAAUUAAGUGAAUUCUAUGUAGAUUUAUCAACAAAUAAAACUUAUCCAAAUUAUCCAUUAUAUUUUGAAAGAGUAGGUAAUCAUCCUGAAAGAAUUCGAAAUUUAUUUUUUUUAUAUUCAGUUCUUUUAAGGGCAGUAAUAUUAGCAACACCAGGAAUCCAAAAUCAUGAUAUAAAUUCAAUGUCAUUUGAAGAAGAUACUAGAUCCAAAUAUUUAUUGAAUAAUAUCUUAUCAUUAGGAAACAAUUAAUGUUCUAAACCUUUUGAUGAAUAAUUAUUCUUCAAUUAAAUAACAUUUGUAAUUAAAUUAAAUAUAAUUAGGAUUAAAAGAAAGAUUAUUAAAGAUAUAUUCAUAAUAUAAGUAGAAUUAUGGAUUGUGUUGAAUGUUAAAAAUGUAGAGUAUUUGGAAAGAUGUAAACAUAUGGUUUAGGAACAGCAUUAAAAAUUCUAUUUUCUGAAUCUCCAAGUGAAUUUUCAGGAAAAUUAAAAAGAAAUGAAUUAGUUGCAUUAAUUAAUACAUUUGGAAAGGUUUCAAGUUCUGUAAAAUCAAUAGAUCUAAUGUUUGAAAGAAGAGCUAGAUUUUAUUAUAAUCUUAUUUUAACAAUUGGAAUUGUUGGUGGAGUAUUCAUAAUAUUCAUGGUGGCAAUCAGAAAAAUAUACUCAGAAAUGGAUAAAAAAAUAUAAAAUAUGUUUAAAGGAAUACCUUCUGACAAUCCUUAAAAAGCUAACAAAAACACUAAAAGUAAACGGGAUUGAA